CGCCUCCCUUCAGUGCCGAGUCCCGAAGGUGGCGAGAUUGGGAUGAGAGGGAAAGGAGAGCGGUCACGAUGGUCUGGGAGGCGAGUGGGGGUUACGAAGAGGAAGGCGAAGGCGAAACCUCUGGUAGAAGGGAAGGAGCUACCGCCGAAGAAGGCCUGCGGCACAGACUCCAGCCGGUGCCAAUCAGAUAAGGAAAAGGGGAAGGAAAAGCUGGAGGAAGACGAGGCCGCAGCAGCCAGCACCAUGGCCGUUUCAGCUUCUCUCAUGCCACCUAUCUGGGACAAGACCAUCCCAUAUGAUGGCGAGUCCUUUCAUCUGGAGUACAUGGACCUGGACGAGUUCCUGCUGGAGAAUGGCAUCCCUGCCAGCCCCACCCACCUGGCCCAGAACCUGCUGCUGCCUGUGGCCGAGCUAGAAGGAAAGGAAUCGGCCAGCUCUUCCACAGCAUCUCCACCAUCCUCUUCCAACGCCAUCUUUCAGCCCUCUGAAACUGUGUCCAGCACAGAAUCCUCCCUGGAAAAGGAAAGGGAGACACCCAGUCCCAUUGACCCCAGCUGUGUGGAGGUGGAUGUGAACUUCAAUCCUGACCCUGCCGACUUGGUCCUCUCCAGUGUGCCUGGCGGAGAGCUCUUCAACCCUCGGAAGCACAAGUUUGCAGAGGAGGACCUGAAGCCCCAGCCUAUGAUCAAAAAGGCCAAGAAGGUCUUUGUGCCCGAUGAGCAGAAGGAUGAAAAGUACUGGACAAGACGCAAGAAGAACAAUGUGGCUGCCAAACGGUCCCGGGACGCACGGCGCCUGAAGGAGAACCAGAUCACCAUCCGGGCGGCCUUUCUGGAGAAGGAGAACACGGCCCUGCGGACGGAGGUGGCUGAGCUACGCAAGGAGGUGGGCAAGUGCAAGACCAUCGUGUCCAAGUAUGAGACCAAGUACGGGCCCUUGUAACUCAUGCCUCGCCCAGGCCGCGCUGCCUACACCCAGCCUCUGCCUGAGGGCUCCCUGA